AUGACAUCGUCAGCCAACACCGUAAGCCCCGACGACUCGAGGACGAUGGAGGAGAUUUUGAAAAGGGACCAACGGACUACCUACCACCGGGUGCUCGAUCAGAGGCAGAAUCAACAGUUGCAACCGCAAGCAAGUGCAGUGACAGCCAGUAAAUCCGUCAUCGGUGAUACGAUGACCAAGUGUUGUGGUGAUGACGUUUGUUAUAAUGCUAGUUCAUGUAGUAGUAAACGCUGGACGCAGGACGUUGAUGUGGAGAGUCAGAAUCAGGUGAGAAUGUACUCAAAAGUGUCGAGCGUCUGUGAUGAUGGUCAGGAGUGUUAUGGAAUGUCGAGUUAUCAUGUGGACGUUGGUAUGAGAAGAGCAAGAUUUGCUAUUGCUUGCACCACGUGGCUGAGGCUAGGUAGCCUUUUAGUGGCGCUACUCGCGGUCUCGGUGCAAAGUGCCCCGGCGAUGACCCUGGAGGACAGACGACUGAGCUCGUCCCCCAAGUGGAUGAACCCAUGCGGUUUCGCCGCGGAGGAAUUUGAUGGCGACCUGGAGGUCGUUCAGCUCAACGACGAAACUCUCCUGGGGAACAUCGUUAUGCAAGCAAAAACAGCCCUCAAUUAUGCGCAAGGCUUUCGCGAUGAUUAUAUCAAGCGAACGUUCAAUACCGAUUAUGCGGAUCUGCAUUUGACAUGGAAAGACAACCAUUAUGAUUGGCUGCCUGGCUUGAAGCAGAUUCCGAAGCAACUUGGUGAGCAGCUGAAUCAAGAGUUCCUCAAUAAGUUGGAAGUACGCAUGCUUGAUACGGCACUGCUGGAUGCCUACGAAUACAUGCAGAGGUAUGCAGUUGGUCUCGAGCAGAUAGCUUGGGAUCAGGAAGAUUACGGUCUGGAGUUCCGAAAGCAGUUUAAAGAUACGGAAUACAAUCUUCGCGCGGUGCUGUGCGAGCUGCAGAUGGCCCUGGCCGAGCGCGGCGUCGUCCUACGCGCGGAUGUCAGCCGCGAGGUGAUGCCGACCGAGUAUCGCGACAUGUCGGACAGCGCGACCUUUCGCAACCUUCGCGACUGGCUGAUCUUCCGCGACUACAUGAACGGCCUCGAGUAUAUCGUCCAGGUAUUCGAGCACUUCGUGCGGGGCAUCGAGUCCUGAGGAUGGCCAGGCGAAGGCCGGCGCAGGGUAAUACAAGCAACGACGACCAUUAUCAAUCGCAGACUCGCGCGCUUCUACAGAAUUAAUCGCGCGAGGAUGCAAAAAGCCCUUCUUCUCUCCAUGUGAUAGGCAGCGACCGUGGCUCGAGCGAGUGAGGGAGUCGCGCAGGAUUUUGCGUGAGCAUGGGGCAGGCGUGCGAGUGGGUGUGCGUGCGAUCAUUGUGGUCUGUGUGUUGGGCGGCCGUUUUUGAUUGUCGCGGCGAUGAUGAUUUUUGUUAUCAUUGGGCAUUGUGAGGAGUGACUCGUUUGGCUUAACUUGGUGGGCUUGUAUGAGGGAAGAGGCCCCGAGUGACG